AUGGCUGUCGCUGUCGCCGCCGCAGCCCUCGCGAGAGGGGAGGAAGCAGUGAGGGUGCAGACGGGGGUCUCUCAGGCCGCCAGCGCCUCCCGGGGCUCCUGCCGCCCCACCACUUCCUCCACAGAGAUCCGCACUCAACCAGCCCCGGCUGCGAGUGCCCGGCCCUCUGCACCGCCCCGCGGCUCUUAUAGGCCGCAGUGCGCAGGCCCGGACGCUCGGGUAACCCUCCGCCGCCAGCGCCCCAGAGCGCGGCCAGAGCGGGGCCGGUGCCCCGAGCCCUCGGGGGACCCCGCCGAGCCCGUCCCGUCAGAGCUCCGGGGCGCCGGUCUGGUCGUCCUCUCAGUGAGGACAGUGACCCAGGCCCCUGGGCACACCCUUGCCCUCACGCCGGGGCAGAGAGGCCAAACUGAGCCCGCCAAGCCCGGCCAUCACCUCAGCCCUUUCCCUUGGCCGCCUCAGGCGCACCCGCCGGUGAGGACAACGCUGAGGAGCCACCAGGGGAAGAGGGAGGACUGGAGCUGCACAGGACAAGAGCUGGGACAGUCAGCAGCCAGAGUGGGAAGGCAGGCUAUAAACUUGCACAUGGAAAUUAAAUUACAGAUCUGGGAAAAUAUUCAAGAGAUCAUCUGAGUCAAACAGGACAGGAA